AUGACCACAAUAAUCAUAAUGAAUCAAUUAAUCUUCAUUAUAAAUUCACUACAAUCUAAUCUAAAGCUAUUUAUUUUUAAUAUUACCAAGAAUCUAUAUAGACCAGCCCAAUCAUCCAGCUGGAAUACGACGAUUCGUCUCUCUCGAAAUGCAUUUCAAAUGGGAGAGAAAGAAGAACAAAAGAAUAUUGAAAAUAAAGAUGAUAAUAAGAAUAAUAAUGAUGAAGUAGACAAGUCGACGACUCCCACAUCAACAGAUAAACCAGAAACGUCGACGGCAAAGGAACCAAUUGUAUUGGUUGACGUUUCAGAGUUGGAGGCUAAACAUGCCAAUUCAUUCUAUGAUGAAGUAGAAAUUGAAGAUAUGGAGUUUAACGAAGAGGAAAGAGUAUUCUACUACCCGUGUCCUUGUGGUGAUCGAUUCGUUAUCACUGAAGAAGAGAUAUUGGCUGGUGAAGAGGUUGCAAAGUGUCCAUCAUGUAGUUUAUUGAUUAAAGUUAUUUAUUCUCCUGAGGAUUUCAUUAUCGAAGAAGAUUCUUAA